AGGUUACGAUUGUUUGUAGGCAGGUGAGCGGCUGUAGAGGAAGUCAACGACCUACGAGGAGCGGAGGGUUAAGAAAAAAAAAAGGUGUCAAAAAUGACUCCAAUAUAACUUGUACACUAAUGAAAUCUAAGAGGACAUAAAAUCCAUCAUGGUAAAUUUAGGAGUAUGCUGUGCCAGCCUCAAGGACAACAAGACCCUGAUGAAGAUGGGGCUGGGGCUGGUGCUGGUGGGCCAUGUCAACUUUCUUCUCGGAGCACUUGUGCAUGGCGCUGUGCUCAGACAUAUCAAUUUGCACUCUGCGGCUAGUACCAUGGAAUAUGCCAUCUCUAAUGUCAUUGCCAUCGUGGCCGGCUUGGUGGGAAUCAUUAGUGGAAUAACAGCCAUUGUCCUGUCCAAAAACAAGAGAAACAGGAUCCUGCAGUGGGUCUUGCUGGUCUUCAGUUUCAUUGCAGGUCUACUGGCAGUUGCCGCCAUCCUGGGCUUGUCGGUUUCUAUUGUUAAAGCCAUAAUUCACAAAGGAUGGAGCCUGCUAACACACUGUACGUUCUCUGAUAAAGAUGUCGGCUCCUCUGCCAGCAUCACAUACGAAUGCCCCUUUGAUCCCACUCGUAUCUAUGGCACAACAAUCAUUCUGUGGGUGCCUCUCAUCUUGAUGUGCGUGGUGGAAACAGUGUUCUCCUUCCGCUGCUUUGCUGUCUGUACUUCAUUCCUCUACCUCUGUCCGUGCAGAAAGAGGCCGAUCCGGGCCAAGGCGGUGCAUUUUCAGAGAGCUGUUCACAGUCAGCCUUCACCUCAGACAAGAGUCCCACAAACAGAUGUUGAAGCAGAGCCUGCAGAGCAGGAUGAGCUGCUGGAGUCCAGCACGGCAGUGGAACAGAGUGAAUGGCUCUGAAGCAGAUAAACCUAAUGAGAUAGGUUGGAAACUGCUGGGCUCGCCUUGAUGAAAACGCACUGUCAGUUUUGACUUUGUUGUAUUAUCUGUUACACGUCAUGUCGUAAGACGACUUUAAGGACUUAACAGCAAAACCAAAUGCAUUUUAUUCCCUCUGGAGGGAAAUCAUUUCCUGGUACAGUUCUGCUGUUGGUUAGGUCCAGAAUUCUGUUAUUUGCAUACUGUUAACGAAAGAAAAAAAAAACAGCACUGUUAGUGGUUUCUGAAUAUUAAAAUUGUUUGCUUUUUAAAAUGAUGUUUUUUCUUGAGACCAGAAAGAUUAAAAUCUUAUUUCUAAUUAAAUUACAGAGAAAAAGCUUUGUAUCUUUUUUAGGGCAGUUUUUUUUUUAUUGGUUUUAAAAGUGUGCUCAACACACACACCCGGGUCAGAUUUAUAGAACAUUUGCACGCUCUCUUGUGGAAUACUAUGACUCAUGUUUCAGAAUAUAAAUAUAUACAACAAUUGAAGUCCAGUACUUAUCUUGAAUCCUGUCUUACACUGAGUACUACUAGACAUACAAGUCCUAAUUUCCUUGGAAUAAAACCCUGACAUUGGCACUCAUCUGACAGGACUCAAACACCUUCAAUUCAGCGAGGCAGGAGUCCAAGAGACUUCCCAAAGAUGUCAAUUUGUCAGUAAUUGGCGCACACUAAAUUACAUCCUAAAAUAUAAGACUAAUAUGUCAACUGUGACGUGUAAAGGGUAUUCAGGUAUAAGCAACCCUCUCUACCACACUUGGUGACCGUGGCAGGCAAGACCAGUGACACAGAUGUAUUACAGAAAAAGAUCUAUUGCAUAAACAUGCUUCAACUACAUAUUCAAAGACAGGAAAAGAGUGUGACUGAAAGACAAAACAGAGUAGCCAAAAUAUCUAUGAUUUAAAUAAAUUAAAUCCAUCAGAUAUAUAAAAGCAUACAUGUACUAAGCCAUUUUUACAGAGUAGCUUCACUGGGGAAGGCAAAUGACAUAGCAUAAGAGAAUAAAGGAUAUAAAAUGAGAAGGCAUACAAAAACAAUACUCAAACACUGACUGACUUCAGUCCAUAAACAGCAAAGGUUGAAAAGGUGACCUAGAAAAUCAUGUUUGGAUCCCUGUCCCAUUUCAAGAGAGGGGAGGCCUCAUUUAAAAGGUAUAGUCCUUCAUGGAUUU